AUGAGUGCCCUUCCCGAGAAGCUCGUUUUGGGGGAUGGCGUCCAGGCGUCAGGGACCCCGGAGUAUUCAGACUCAACUGCCAAUUCGACCCAAGAGUCGAUCGCGAUGAAAUCGAGACUCCUAGGGGCUACUCCGGACGAGGUUCUUGAGGCCGCAGAGUAUGGUCGAACCUUGGAUCUUGAAGAGGCUAAGAAGAGAGCCGAGAGCCUUCUCUACUUCCACGAAAACGACCCCAACUUCAACCCGAACUCCAUCGUCCGUCUCCAAGCAUUUGUCGCCAACGUUGCCCUAUUCGAAAAUCCCGAAAAACAUGCCGAUCUCAUCUCCGACAUCAAGACGGAAGUUUCACUCCUUACCAUCAAUUCGCCAUACGCCGAAGUUCGUGCCGUUGUGAGCAACAAGGACGACACUUCCGCACCAGUCGGGACCAUCCGAGCAUGGGUGAUUGGACUGUUAUUCGUGGUUCUAUUGAGCUUUGUGAACCAGCUAUUUUCUGUCCGCCAGCCGUCAAUUCGACUACAGGCCCCGGUCGUACAAGUGCUUUCAUUCCCGCUAGGCAAGGCAUGGGAGAAGUGGAUGCCUGUGGGAGCAUUCACACUCUUCGGGUCGAAACUCAUGCUAAACCCCGGGAAAUUCAACCAGAAGGAGCAUAUGCUCAUCUCCAUCAUGGCGAAUGUUGCGACGGGCCUUCCUCACUCACGGUAUAUCGUCUUCACCAGUUGGCUGGAAAAGUACUUCAACUUGGAAUUCGCCUCCUCUUUUGGGUUUCAAAUUUGUCUUGCGCUAUCCAUGAAUCUAAUGGGUUUUGGACUGGCAGGACUGGCCAGACAAUUCCUAGUUUACCCGUCGUACUGCAUCUGGCCCCGCUCGCUUGCCACUGUUGCCCUCAACCAAAGUCUGCACAAUGAGGAAAAUUCUGCGGUUUUGGGCCCUUUCAAGAAGAUGUAUAGCAUGUCCCGAUACAAGUUCUUCUUGCUCUCAUUUGCCGCCAUGUUCGUAUGGUUUUGGUUUCCCGAGCACAUCGUUAGCGCCAUCUCACUCUUCAACUGGCUGGCCUGGAUCGCACCCGAGAACUUCACUCUGACCGCUAUUACAGGCCUGAAGAAAGGCCUUGGUUUCAACCCAUUUCCCACUAUGGACUGGAAUAUUGUCACUUACAACGUUGAGCCCCUACUGGUGCCGUUUCAUAUCACCCUCAACAUGUUCAUCGGUGCCCUGCUUGGUGGUGUAACAAUCAUUGCAAUGAACUGGUCCAAUACAUAUAACACUGGCUAUCUUCCAAUUAACACCAAUACGAUGUUCGACCACAACGGCAUGAAAUACAACGUGUCGUCAAUUCUGGACGAGAAUGGCCUAUUGGACGAAGAAAAGUACCAAGCCUACAGCCCUGUCUACAUUGCGGCCUCAUCUGUGACCUAUUAUGUUUUCUUCUUCGCUGUCUAUAGCGCUGUUAUAUCCUACACGAUCUUCUGGCACUGGAAUGACAUCAAGCUGGGCUUCAGGUCUUUAUGGAACAGGCUCACGAAAAAGGUCGAGCACAACGCCUUCAAGGACGUACACACAAUGCUCAUGGAAAAGUAUCGCGAAGUCCCAGAGUGGUGGUACCUUAUUCUCAACAUUAUCGCCAUUGCGUUAGGCAUUGCCUCUGUGGCAGGCUGGCCGACUCAUACAAGUGUGGGCACUGUUUUCUUUGGUGUUGCGCUCGCCAUACUAUUUACCAUUCCUACUGGUAUCAUAUUUGCCACCACUGGAAUUGAAGUCGAAUACAAUGUUCUUGCGGAAUUCAUUGGCGGAGCGUGGCAACCCGGCAAUGCCUUGGCUAUGAACUUCUUCAAAGGCUUUGGAUAUGUAACAGUUGCGCACGCCCUCGACUUCGCCAACGACCUGAAACUUGGCCAUUACCUCAAAGUCCCCCAGCGCCAAACUUUCUGGUGCCAGACCGUUGCGACUGUUGUCUCAGCCAUCGUCUGCACCGGUGUGAUGAACUUCCAAAUCACUAGCAUCCCAGACAUCUGCGAAACCAACCAAAAGGACAAGUUCAGUUGCCCUGGUGUUGAGAGCUACUUCACCGCUGCUGUUCUUUUCGGGUCACUUGCACCUCGCAAGGUCUUCGGCGCGGGCGCUCAGUACACCGCAAUGCUCGCAGCAUUUCCCGUUGGACUGGCCUUUCCCAUCCUCUACUAUUAUGCCAUCCGCAGACUUCCCAAGACUCACUGGCUCACCAAGAUCCAUCCAGUCGUCAUUUUUAGCGGUGGUCAUACUUGGUCGCCCUACAACCUAGGUUACAUGUGGCCGGCUGUGCUGCCUGGUUGGAUCUCGUGGGUCAUCAUUCGGAAGAGGUAUCUCGCUUUCUGGUCCAAGUACAAUUACGUCCUCUCGGCUUCUUGGCAGGCGGCUAUUGCUAUUAGUGCUGUUGUUAUCUUUUUUGCUGUGAGCUAUCAUGGGGCGGAUAUUAAUUGGAUCGGCAACAACGCAGAUAGCGGGUGUGAGGUUGAGGCUUGUACAAGAUUGAAGGUGCCAGAAGGACAAUACUUUGGUCCGCGACCCGGGACAUUCGCAACAUGACACG